UGCUAACUCCAGGUGAUCUGAUUUAGCUCUCCUCUGUGAGUUGAGAGGCUGAUCCCAUUUAACUUUCUCGUUCCAGAGCGAUCCAGAGACAGAAAUAAUAACCCGUCAGUAAGCGGUUUACCCUCCCCGGGGCUCGGCUCGGUUUCCCCGUGGAUUUUACAACCGGAAGCCUCCAGGAUUCUAAGUUUUACAGGAGCCACGGGUCUUUUUAUAGAUCUCUGGGGUGUUGAUGUCACAUUCCUGAAGCUUCCCCAGAGGACCGGCCCAGCUCGGCCCAGCUCGGCCCGGCAGACGGAGAACCCUCUGUCCGAGCAGGAGCAGAGAGGAGGAGCUGCUGGAUUAAAUGUGGGAGUUUGACAGGAGAACGGAGGAAGCUGAUGUGAGGUCAGACCUCUGGAGCUUCUGUCUCCUCACCGACUGACGAGAAAACAACAAAUCACUGGAUUAUUGUUAAAAAAAAAGAAAAAAUAGAAACUUUUUUUUGUUUUCGGCUGAUUUUCAGCUUGUUGUUUGGAACAAAAUGCCUGCGAAAACACCCAUUUAUCUGAAAACCACGACGCCCAAGAAGGGGAAGAGGCUGAAGCUUCGGGAUGUCCUGUCGGGCGACAUGAUCAGCCCGCCGCUGGGCGACGUCCGGCACAGCGCCCACGUGGGACCGGAGGGGGAGGGGGACAUGUUUGGAGACGUGGGGUUCCUGCGGGGGAAGAUGGACAUGCUGCCGGUGCUGAGUCGGCAGAACGGCGGCAGCGCCCGGUCCCACAGCGACGGCUUCUCGGCUCAGCGGGAAGAGCCCGGCUACGACGGCUUCCAUUACCAGCACCACUGCAACGGGCUGCUGAAGACCACCGUCUCCAUGCCCGUGUUCGUCGCACACGAACAGGCCCCGCCCAAACCGCCACGCCUCCACCUGGACGAGCCCGCCCCUCCGGAUCCGGGCCGUGGGUGGGCCGACGGCACGCAGCUCCUGUCGCUCUGCGAGAACGGAGGGGAACCCUGCAGAGACGCGUCCCCGUCCCCCGCCGUCCGCAGCCUCGUCCCGUCCUCCGGCUCCUUCUCCGAGGUGUCCUCCGAGGACUCGGUGUCUGAGAGCUGCGGGCCGGCCCACGUCCACCGGGGGCUGAGCCUGGACUCUGACGCCGGCCUGAGCAACGAGGACGCAGGGAGCGACCGCAGCGAGUCGCCCUGCGCCGCCCUCCACCCCGCCGGCCUCGCGCCCUCCUCCGGGGUGCCGCGGUCCGACUCCAUGGCCGUGCUGGACCUGGAUCUGGGCCCGUCCAUCCUGGAGGACGUCCUGGGCAUCAUGGACCGCUAUAAGACUGUGGACAACCGCUGUGAGCUGUGAAAGGACGAAUGUGACACAAACUUUUUUAUACAAACUGAUUGAUGGACGGGUGAAAGAAAAGAGGAGAAAACAUUUCUAAAGACAGAAAAAAAAACGUUUGUGGACAAAAAGAUGGACAAAUUUUGAUAAACUGCAGAUUUUACUCUCCAUCUAUACAGAUAAUAUUAACAGUUCACUCCUAGAUUUCUUUUCUGGUGGUAAAAAAAAGCUUUGUGUUAAAAAAAAAAUGUUUGCAGAUAAUUUUCUUAUUUUUGUCUUUUAAAAACUCACUCCUCUGUUGUUGCUCACAGUCAAACAUCUUCUGCUUCAUAGCCCAACAUUGCAAUGUCAUUUAUUCUGUAUAUACCUCUGUACAUCUAAUAAAAUGUUUCUUAUAAA